AUGGGAAGAGCUACUAUUAAAUCUGGAACAAUCAACCUUCUCAACACCAUUAUUGGUGCGGGGAUUCUUGCAAUGCCCUACGGGUUAAAAUCGAACGGGUUGCUCUUUGGUUGUCUCUUGAUAAUCUGGUCUUCCUUGACUUCAUCGUUUGGCUUAUAUCUCCAGAACAAAGUCGCUAAAUACACUCAGCAACAAGGAGCAGUGUCAUACUUCAGUUUGGCACAGUUGACAUAUCCGCAGCUAUCGGUUGUUUUUGAUUCGGCCAUCUCCAUCAAGUGCUUUGGUGUUGGCGUCAGUUACUUGGUGGUGAUUGGCGACUUAAUGCCCAAAAUCAUGGAGAGCUUGAACGUCAAGGACGAGUCACUUUUCAUGGAAAGAAACUUCUGGAUCACCGUCUUCAUGGUAGUAUUGGUGGUACCCUUGUCGUACUUAAAGAAGUUGGACUCGUUGAAGUAUACCUCUGUCGUUGCCUUGUUCUCUGUUGUGUACUUAAUCUGUCUUGUUAUUGAACACUAUGUCGCCCACGACAUUCCUACGGAAACGUUGGAAAUUGAUUGGUUUGGCCCCAAGAGUAUAAAGUCAACAUUGAGUUCAUUCCCUAUCUUCGUUUUUGCGUAUACGUGCCACCAGAAUAUGUUUGCAAUCAUCAACGAGUUGAAACCAAGUGAAACUGACGGUUCUCAAACAAGACAGUCUAAUCUCAUCAUUAGAAAUGCUAUUUGCACGGCUGCUGCUUCCUAUUUAGUAGUCGGUGUCAUCGGCUACUUGACCUUUGGAAAUUCGGUCAACGGUAAUAUUAUAACCAUGUACCCUAAGAAUUCAAUUCUGUCGUUGAUUGGGCGUCUCUGUAUUGUUAUAAUGGUCAGUUUGUCGUUCCCAUUGCAAUGCCACCCAUGUAGAGGUUCUGUGAACCAUGUGAUUCAUUUUAUCACCCAGGGUGUAGUCAGCGCCAAAGUCAGGAACCAAUUGCAACGUGAAGGUUAUACCUCUUUGACAUCAGACAUUGAAUCUUUGAACUCUCUUGCUAGUGACUCAAUUCAAGAUGAGUCUUUCAUCUCCACGACACCAAUGGAAGGUGCACAGGACACCGACGGGCACGAUCCAAUUAUUGUGCCAUUGACUUCAAAGAAGUUCUACAUAAUCACAACAGUGAUUGUUCUUAGUUCAUACCUUGUUGCCAUAACUGUUACUUCUUUGGAGCACGUUUUAGCCUUUGUGGGCUCCACUGGUUCGACGUCUAUUUCUUUUAUAUUGCCAGGCUUGUUUGGGUUCUUGUUGAUCAAGCCCUUGGGAGAUGCUACCAAACUCAAUGCUUUAGAAAAGUUCAGCAAAUAUGGUGGUUUGGCAUUGGCUAUAUGGGGUGGUAUUGUCAUGAUCGUCUGUUUGAGUGCGACGAUAUUUUUAGGUGCAACCCACUAA